GAGAUCUAUUUAGACAAAGCAUUGACGCACGAUCAAUAUUGUCCUCAGGAAGAAAAUGAAAGGAACCUAUGCACGUGAUCGAGCCCUUCCUAAAUGGCGCCAUUUCAGGCGUUCAGGCACCAACAAACCCUAAACUCUGAUUUCUUUGUUGCUUAAAUUUCUGAAGGUCCCACUCUGUGUGAGAGUGAAGGUUGAUUACUGAGUGUGGUUGGAUGUUCCGGAGCAAGUGAGGCUGAAUUGGUCGGACAAAAUGAGAAGCAACCCAGCAACCAAAAAGUGUGGAACGGAACUUGGAGGUGGUGGAGCGUUUCCAUACGAUUAAUUGAUUCACCGGGCCCAUUGACAAUGGAAUUGACUAGAUUUCCUCUCUUUUGCCACAGGAAGAUUUUAUGAUCGAGGACUGGGUAUUACCAGAACAGAGAGAUUAACAGGAAAACCAUGAACCCCCCAACAUCAAAGAAAUCCAAGGAUAGGGGGCACCGUAGAUAGUGACAGAUAAAUACUAGAAUAAUCAUACUCUCUUGGCAGGCAGAGAAGGAUAAGCAUAGCAACGAACCUCGGAAUGGCUUCCCGGCACCGAUUUUCUUCCCGACAAAUUUCCACUCCUUUAAAUCUUCACAAGACAAGCCGAGAAUAGAUUGCCAAUUGCGCAUCAAGACCACCGGUAUUUAAACUUCCCAAUUGAACCGACCAGCGACGGGUUCUUGACGCUCAAUGUUCUUGGGGUCGUCCUCCACCAGUCUCAUUCCAAGACUGCGCGCCGCUCCAUUAAACCGACUGUCCACCGCUUCUCCGAUUGUCGCCCGCGUCUCACGCACAUCCGCAACGUUGGCUCCCCCCACUAAACAAGCCACCCCUCCUUCCUCUCUCCCUCCCUCUCUCCUCUCCUCUUCCUCUCCUUCUCUCUCCCCCGUUUUGUCCCCCUUACCUUCUUCUGCUUCCCCCCGAGUUGUUCAUUCGAUUUCGUCCGCCACAACUCGUGCUGCUUUAAUUUCUCGUCACUUUUCUUCCAAUACCCCGCCGCAGUCGCCCGCCAUGUCCUACACCGUUCGCAAAAUCGGCCAGGCUAACACCCUGGAGCACCGUGUCUACAUCGAGAAGGAUGGCCAGCUCGUCUCACCCUUCCAUGACAUUCCUCUCUACGCCAACGAGGAGCAGACUAUCCUUAACAUGGUCGUUGAGAUUCCCCGGUGGACCAACGCCAAGCAGGAGAUCUCCAAGGAGGAGUUCCUGAACCCCAUCAAGCAGGAUGUCAAGAAGGGCAAGCUCCGUUACGUUCGUAACUGCUUCCCUCACAAGGGUUACCUCUGGAACUACGGUGCCUUCCCCCAGACCUGGGAGGACCCUAACACUGUCCACCCCGAGACCAAGGCUAAGGGUGACAACGACCCUCUCGACGUUUGCGAAAUUGGUGAGCUUGUCGGCUACCCUGGUCAGGUCAAGCAAGUCAAGGUUCUUGGUGUGAUGGCCCUUCUUGAUGAGGAGGAGACCGACUGGAAGGUCAUUGUCAUCGACGUCAACGACCCUCUUGCUCCUAAGCUUAACGACGUGGAGGAUGUUGAGCGCCACCUCCCUGGCCUUCUCCGCGCUACCAACGAGUGGUUCCGUAUCUACAAGAUCCCCGAUGGCAAGCCUGAGAACCAGUUCGCUUUCUCCGGCGAAUGCAAGAACAAGAAGUACGCUUUCGACGUUAUCCGUGAGUGCGCUGAUGCCUGGGAGAAGCUCAUGUCCGGCAAGUCGAACCGUGGCGAAAUUAGCCUUGCCAACUCCGCUGUUGAAGGCUCCGCUGAUCGUGUUGGAUCCGGCGAGCUCGCCAACAUUCCUCAAGGCCAGAACCUUCCCCCUGCUCCUAUCGACGGUAGCGUUGACAAGUGGUUCUUCAUCUCCGGCGCUGCUGUGUAAAUUGAUACCAUAUAAAAUAAAUAAAAGCACACCGAUUUGGGACUCUUGCCAUGGACGAGUCCACGUAAUUUUACUUUGAUCUCUUCUAUUGUUCCUGUAGCUUGCCC